AAAUAUAUAGCUCUGUAUUUUCAGUGACACAACAACUACUAACCCAUCUGAGAGGCAGUCGACAGUUUCAAUUAAAUGUCAGGAGCUUAAGAAAUCACUGAAGAUGCCGCUCUUUGGAAACACAUUCAGUCCGAAGAAGACGCCUCCUCGCAAAUCUGCAUCUCUGUCCAGCCUUCACACGUUGGAUCGUUCAACAAGAGAAAUAGAGCUGGGUCUUGAGUAUGGACCUCCUAUGAUGAACAUCGGAGGUCAGAGCUGGAAAUUUGAUGACGGACAGUGGAUAACAGAAUCUGGUGGAAAUGCGUCCGGUAGGGAGUUGCAGCGGCUUAAGAAAAGAAAUGUCCAGCUGGAGGAGGAGAACAACCUCUUAAAACUGAAGAUUGAACUUCUCCUCGACAUGCUGACUGAAACCACAGUAGAGUACCAUCUCAUGGAGAAAGAAGUGGAAGAUAUCAAGACUCAACAUCGAAGGAAAAAAUGACCAAUCUGAUGCUUCCAUUAUAAUAAAUGUUCUUAAAAUGGAAUGAGCUAUUUUUGUAUUUACAGAUCAUUUAAACUCUGUGGUUGUAAAAAAAAAAAAGGUCACAGGAUUAAAAAAAAACAAAACAAAAAGAGCUCAUAAUUUUUCUCACAAUAAGGACUCUUGUGUUGUAGGUUUUAGCUAAUCAGAUUUCGUGAUUCCCUGUAUUUAUUCUUUCCUACAUUCGUUAAAGCAUAAAUCUGAGUCGACUGUGAAUGUCUUUGUUCAAUUCACAGCCAGUUUUCUACACAUUGUACAUAUGUCUGGCAUGUAAAAGCUGGCAUUCGCCUUUGUAAUCUUUUGUAUUUGAUGUAUUCUUUUUGUAGAUUAAAUGUAAACUUGAUUGCAAGAAACAUUUGUUUUCUUGUUUUAUCAUAUAGUUUUUCAAAAAUUACCUCAGUCACUUAUUGAAUCAAUACUUUUUUGAAUUGUAACAAUUUAAGAAUAAAACAGAAAUUGUCUAAAAUGACAGAGGAAGGCUUUGUUUACUAUUUUGGCUUUUCCUACAGCUUGACAAGAUAGGAGCAAUAACAUGCCUCUACAGGACUACAUUUGGAUGUAAUGUCAGUGUAAGGUAUGGACUUUAUACCAUGGAAAAAAAUAUGAUAUUCUCUACUGCUGGAUCCCUAAUUUGGAUAAUAAAGAGUAAUGUUACCAGUACUGUCAUGCAAUGCAUAUACCUUUAUGCCUCAGUGGAAUUAAGUUUGGGAUUUUAUUGUAAGAAAGCAGUUUUAUUCCUUGUCUUAUUGUUUUGUUUUUGGAAAAUUACUUUAAUCUCCUUUCAAAUUAAAUGUGUUGUUAUAUUGUAACAGAAAAAGAAAAGAUACAAACAAGUUUAGUACAAAAGAAGGCUCAGUUCAGUUUUUGACGUAUCCUUCAGCACUUCACAGUGUAUGAGCAGUAAUUCUGCCUUUUUUAACAUAUAUUGUCAUGUAUAUUUCCCACAAUACAUCUGUACAUAAUAUAUUGUCCUGUAAUAAAAGUCUAAACGUA